CAUGUUAGCCUUCUCCGAGAACAACGUUCCCUCCCAAACGUUCUUCUCGAGUUCUUGAUUCAAAACCCUCGGCCGUGACACCCCAAAUCAACUCUCAUACGUGCCCUCAUUCCCAUUUCUAGUGCCGGCGAUCGCUUCUCCUCGUCGAUCCGAGCCCAUUGACCCCGUAUUUCGACCACAAUGGCCGUGGAUUGGGGUGCACCACGGUGGUUCUCCGCCGGCGUGUAGUUUCUCUUCUCCAUUGUCGUAAUUCUUUGUGGUUUUGUUGUUUGAAUGGCAAUGGAGCUUUGGUUUGUGUGAUUUUUUGGAGUUAUUGCUUCAUGGUCGUGGAUCGCAAUGUUUUAGGGUUUGUGUUUUUGUCAAGCUGUUGUUGACGUUCCGAGCUGCAAUGAGGAGGGUGCGGAUGUGAUUGGUGUGGCAUUGUGGUGCAUGACGUAUUGUGGAAGCCAUUUUAUACUCACUGGUUCUUGUGAUUCUAGGGUUUCAGAUCCUUAUGUUGCUAGUUUGAGAUCAUUUCCAGUGUUUUUUUCCCAGGAAUUGAUGAGGAAUCUGUUUUUCUGUUCUGGAGAAAGGGAUUUGGUUAAGUUUCUUUUAUGGGGAAAGCUUGGAGAUUAUAUGGCCAUGCCACAAGCUUGCAUCUGCAUGUGCAACACUUGACUUUACUUUGUGGAUGGCGGAUUCUCCUAGAGAUGUUGAGCAGGCAAUUACGGCCUUAAAGAAGGGGUCUUGUUUGCUUAAGUAUGGACGCAGAGGGAAGCCAAAGUUUUGCCCAUUCAGGCUUUCUAAAGAUGGGACUAUCCUCAUUUGGUAUUCUGGAAAAGAAGAGAAACAGCUAACUCUCAGCCAUGUAUCAAAGAUCAUACCUGGCCAACGUACUGCAAUAUUUCAGAGAUAUCCACGUCCUGAUAAGGAAUAUCAAUCCUUUUCUCUCAUCUAUAAUGAUCGGUCUUUAGAUUUGAUAUGCAAGGACAAGGAUGAAGCAGAAGUAUGGUUUGUUGGUUUGAGGGCAUUGAUAUCACGUGAUGGUUAUAGAAAGGUGAGAUUGGAAUCGAUAGGCGAUAGAACCUUAUCCAACAAGAAUGCUUCAACCACACAAAAAAUCUCUCCACUCACGUUGCCAUUUUGUGGUGGUGAGAUCUUCCAAAAGGAUUCUGGAGAGACUCAAUAUACUCAACUCCCUGUAGAGAAUCCCCCAGCUAAUGGUUAUGCAAAAUUAUUCGCUGAUGUGAUAUUGCAAAGUUCAGCUGCCAAGUCCACCACUUCAGAUUCUGCAAGUAAGGAUUUGUUGUCAUCUGGAUGUGUGGAUAAUGCAAAUGGAAGAGGCUCUGCAUCUGAAACCUUCAGAGUUAGUCUUUCUAGUGCUGUAAGCUCUUCCAGUCACGGCUCAAACCAUGAAGAUUUUGAUGCUCUAGGUGAUGUAUAUAUAUGGGGGAAAGGCAUAGGUGAUGGAUUUCUUGGUGGCGGUCACUGUAGGAUUGGAAGCUCAUGUGCAACAAAAAUGGAUGCAUCAUUACCAAAAGCGCUGGAAUCAGCAGUAGUUCUCGAUGUUCAGAAUAUAGCUUGUGGGGGUAGGCAUGCAGUUGUAGUUACGAAGAAGGGGGAGGUUUUCAGUUGGGGUGAAGAAUCUGGUGGCAGGCUUGGACAUGGGGCAGAUGCUGAUGUUUCACAUCCAAAGCUUAUUGAUGCCCUUGGUGGUAUGAAUAUUGAACUUGUUGCAUGUGGAGAAUAUCAUACUUGUGCUGUAACUUUGUCGGGAGAUCUUUAUACAUGGGGUGAUGGAAUCCACAGUUAUGGACUUCUUGGACAUGGAAGCGAGGCUAGUCACUGGAUUCCUAAACAAGUAACUGGUCAGCUAGAAGGUUUGCAUGUGUCUUCAGUGUCAUGUGGGCCAUGGCAUACUGCCGUUGUAACAUCAGCGGGUCAACUCUUUACAUUUGGUGAAGGAACAUUUGGUGCUUUGGGCCAUGGAGAUCAUAGAAGUGUUAAUAUGCCAAGACAAGUGGAAGCCUUGAAAGGUUUGCGUACUGUACGAGCAGCUUGUGGUGUCUGGCACACUGCUGCAGUUGUGGAAAUUUCAGCAGAAUCUUCAGAUUCAGGAAGUUCUUCAUCUGGCAAAUUAUUUACAUGGGGUGACGGGGAUAAAGGUAGACUUGGUCAUUGUGAUAAAGUAUCUAGACUGCUUCCAGCAUGUGUAACUUCUUUAUCCGAGCAAAACUUUUCUCAGGUUGCCUGUGGGCACGACAUUACGGUUUCGCUCACAACUACUGGUCGGGUAUAUACUAUGGGGAGUACACUUUAUGGACAGCUUGGGAAUCCAGAAGCAGAUGGAAAGGUUCCUGUUCGUGUUGAAGGGGAACUUUCUGAUUGUUUUGUUGAAGAGAUAGCAUGUGGUUCUUAUCAUGUUGCUGUACUUACAUCCAGAACUGAAGUCUACACAUGGGGUAAAGGGGCAAAUGGCAGAUUAGGCCACGGGGACAAUGAUGAUCGCAAUGCCCCAACACUAGUUGAAGCUUUGAAAGACAAGCAAGUUAAGGGUGUUGUAUGUGGGUCGACCUUUACUGCUGUCAUCUGUCUUCACAAAUGGGUCUCAAGUGUUGAUCAGUCUAUUUGCUCUGGUUGCCGUCUUCCUUUUGGUCUCAGAAGAAAACGUCAUAACUGUUAUAACUGUGGACUGGUCUUUUGCAAAGCAUGCAGCAGCAGAAAAUCCGUAAAAGCUUCUCUGGCGCCAAAUAUUAACAAACCUUACCGUGUGUGUGAUGAAUGCUACACAAAGCUUAAAAAGUCAACGCGAUCUGGAAUGGUUCAGCAACUCUUAAAGCAUCAAGUUGGAAUUCAAAACCAGAUUUCCAAUGGACAAGCCGAUAAGGACAGUUUGAGUUCUAAACAGCAGGGAAAUUUCUCUAGGCUUUCAUCAGUUGAUUCAAAGGGUGAAAACAAACAAGCUAAGUUGUUCUGUAGAUCUGAGACAAAUAAUAUAAGAGCGUCCCCUAAUUUAAGUGAAACAACCAAGUGGGGAAGCUUUUAUUUGUCAAAUUUUCCGAGUGUAUUACAUGGAUCUUCAAAGAAAAUGUUCUCUGCUUCUCUUCCAGUUUCAAGAAUAGCUUCUCGUUCAACAUCCCCUGUGUCAAGUGCACCAAGUCCAACUUGGACCGAUUAUACAACCCACUUAAUAGUUGCUGAUGAUUCGAAGAAAACUAAUGACAACCUAAGUCAAGAAGUUGUCAGAUUAAAGUUACAAGUGGAGGAGUUGACACGCAAAUCACAAUUUUUAGAAGCAGAGAUGGAGAGAACAUUGAAGCAGCUGAAGGAGGCCACAGCCGUAGCAGGUGAUGAGGCUGCGAAAUGCAAGGCUGCGAAAGAAGUAAUAAAGUCACUUGCUGCAAAGUUGAAGGAAAUGGCUGAAAAGAUUCCUGAAGGAGAUGCAUACAUCAACGAUUUGGCAGCUAAUGGUGCCCAGGCUUCACAUCUAUUGAGUUUAGAUUCCUCAGUUGAUUUGGGUGGAAGGAUAACAUCUCAGACAGCAGCCUCUAGCAGCCACACAAUCAAUGGAUUACCUAACGAUGCUAACAGGACCACAGAGGAGACAGAAUUUGUUGAGAAUGCUGAGCCAGGAGUGUUUUUUACUGUUUCUGUCAUCCCUGGAGGUGAGAAGUGUCUCAAGCGUGUCCGCUUCAGUCGGAAGCGGUUCAGCGAACAACAAGCUGAGAAAUGGUGGGCUGAAAAUAAAUCAAGACUUCAAGAAAUGUACAGCUUCCUAGCAGAUAAAAAAUCCUCGAUUUGCCCGAGUUCUAUGUCUGAUAGAAAUGACGGCAUAACUGACUGACAAUAGUUGCAACCGCGCAAAACCACUCCCCACGGCCAGUAAAAUGUAUAUUUUUACAACUAAUCUGGCAUCAUUCGCACAUCACCAGCUGACAUAUGUGAUCAAAAGCAGCGGCUUCUGAAUUAAAGGAAGUACGUUGUGUAUGCUAAGAAAGAUGGGAUCAACUAAGCUGAUCUAAAGAGUUUGUGUAGUUGUUUCACCCUCUUGUUGGUCUUACUGCUACUGGAUUAUUCAAAGUUUUGUGCUUUUUUCUACUAGUUCAGUAACACCCCCUUGUUUUUGUUCAGCCAUUUCAUUUUUUCUGCUGUGGUGGCUUCACAUCUUCUUUUGGUAUUUUCUUGCCUUGUGAAUCUAUGGUUUCAUCUCUUGCAAUGGAGGAAUGCUAAUUGAUUGCUUCAAA